AUGCUUGCUCUCUGUGGAACAUGGGUAUACGAGACGUCGAAGCUGUCGCAUGCACAGGGAGACCAAACAGCACUUUGGCUCUCACUGGUGGACAUCGUCUCUGAUGCUGCAGUCAUCGAAGACGUUACCGCGCUCGAUGCAGAGCUUGGUGAGGAAGAAGAACCAGAGGAAGCCGUGGAUGCUGCCGUGGACGCUGCCGUGGACGACGCGCUGGCAGCACACGAAGCUUGUGUCGGAACAUCGACACCAUAUGCCUUGCAAAGACCGCUUGCGAGCGUGAUGAUCGCUUAA